CAUAUUUGGGAUUUCUUGAUUUGGUUGAUUUCGCUAGGUUUUGAUUUGGCCAUUGUCUUUGUGCGAGCUUCUGCAGGUUCCUUUCACCAUUGAAGAUCCAGAUUACAAGGGGCUUGAGCUGGAUGUGAUGUGUCCAUGUGAGAAGCACGGCAUGGCAUCUGAGAGGCUUGUUGCCUUUGAAGGAACAGACACAGGCAGGAGGUUUUUAGCAUGUGCACAGUCGGAAGGUAGCAAUUGUGGCUUUGUUGAAUGGGUUGAUCACCAGUGGCCCCCAACAAUGCAGAAUGCAUUGUUGAAGCUAUGGGCAAUGGUUGAAGAUGCCAAAAGUGCUAGGGUGAAUGACAAUCUUGAGAAUUCUUUCACUAUCCACCAUCUGACAGAAGAGAAGAACAAGCUGGAGGCCAACUAUGACAAGCUAGUCCAAGAUGUGCAUGAGCUGAUGAACUUCCAGGAAGAUAAGGUGGUGGAUUUCAGGCAUCUGCAGUCUGCCAUUAUAUAUCAGCAGGAGGUAAGAAAAGAACUGACUGAUGAUAUGAAGGCAAAGAUGGCAAAGAAAGAUGCAGAGACCCAGCAACUUACUCAGAAGUAUGAGGUGCUGCUCAACCUGACAAGAGCUCAAGCAACAGUCAUUCAGAACUUGAAGUUGAACAAAAUGAAAGAGAAGCAAGUGCUUACUGAAGCUAGUAUGAAUUUGGAGCUGAAGAAUGCAGAGCUAACUAAGUGUCAGGAGAAGCUCACCCAAGAGAAGCUAGAGUUGAAGCUUCAGGUUGCUGAUCUGCUUAAGGGAAAUAAAAAGCAUAUUGAAGAGAAGUGGCAGUUAGAGUUUCAGAAUGAAAAGUUGAAGGAGAAGUUCAGGGGGAUUCAAGCCAUCUUGGAGAAGUGAAGAAGAUGAAAUGAGAUUAGUGGCAUUGCUGACCUUUUGGGAAUGAUGGUUGUGUAAUGACCUAGCAUCUAGGAACUAAUGUUGUGUACUGUAUGCUUGUACUAAUGGUGAAC